AUGUACUUCACUAAGCUCUUCCUUGCCUUCGUCCUCGCGGCCAGCGCCUCUGCUGUGGCCAUCACACCCCGGCAAAACCAAGAUGCGUGCAACCAGGGCCGCGCAGGGGUUGUCAACGCUCUGAAAGAAAUCAACACAUCUUCGGCACAGAUCCAGGAUGCAACGGUGAAGCAAGCAGUUCAAACUGGUUUGCAGCAGUCUGCUGGUGGGGUCCAGCAGAUCGGACAAGCGAUCAAAGCUGGCCAGGCACCUCCCGCGGCUGGUCGCGAUCAAGUCCAGGCUGGCUUCGAGGCUAUGAACGCCGCCAUCGUCGGUGCCAACGCGGCGGACCCUGCCGUGGCUAGCACCCAGACAUCCCUCAACGCUGCUAUCGCCGCUGGAGUCCAAGUUGUUCAGAACUGCGCGGCUUAA